AUGCCGCAAUACUCGGCUACGGCUGCUUCGAUUACCUCCUUUCGUGUGCAGAAAUCGCCAGUUAUCUGUAUCCGUCAGCGCCGGCUGUUCCAUUUCAAUUUUGCAUACCGAGUGACCGGUAUCAUGCUGGACCUUUGCAGCCUGGCCCCCUCGAGUCACUUCCGCUUUGGUACCCCACCACCUCGUACGACUCUGCCAGCACACCCAGCCCCAACAGCGAUGGCCAGCGCACUCCUCGAGAGCUACAAGCAGUGGGCCGAUGGCAUGGAUGUCAUGCUCAUGGACUGGGUCGACCCGACCCUGCGCUACCGCCUCUCACCCAUGCAGGACUACUUCCUCGCCGAUUUCGGCACGGUAUUUGCUUUCUGCGUCGGCUACCUCACCUUCGUGGUGGUGGGAACGCUCGUCAUGAAAUCGGGCAUGCCCGCGCUCAACACGGCCCCUCUCCAGUUCAUCUACAAUCCCAUUCAAGUUGUGCUAUGCUCCUACAUGACCGUCGAGACCAUCCUGCAGGCUCGCCGCAACGAUUACUCGGCCACACCAUGCAAUGCCUUCAACCACGAAAACCCUGUCAUGGGCAACCUCAUGUACAUCUUUUACCUUUCCAAGGUGCUCGACUUCUGCGACACCUUCUUUAUUGUCAUGGGUAAGAAGUGGAAGCAGCUCUCGGUGCUCCACGUGUAUCACCACGUCACUGUUUUCUUCUGCUACUGGGCUAAUUUCCGCACGUCCUACGAUGGCGAUCUCUACAUGACCAUCGUGCUCAACGGCGGUGUGCACGCGAUCAUGUACAUGUACUACUUUGUGAGCUCGCACACGCGCCAGAUCUGGUGGAAGCCGUACCUGACGACAGUUCAGAUGAUCCAGUUCCUUCUGAUGAACGCGCAGGGCUACCUCAUGGUCUCCCGCUCGUGCCCCGGUAUGCCGUACAAGAUCUCUGUCAUGUACCUCAUCUACGUGCAGUCUUUGUUCUGGCUGUUUAUGAACUUCUUCAUUGUGAACUACUGCCUGAGCUCGCGGAAGCCCAAGGCUGUCGAAGCUGAGAAGAAGACGCUGUAAAUGAGUUGAGCCAAUCCGUCAGUGGAAGGAGCAAGCAAGCAGCAGGGCGGGUUGAGCGUAUACUUCUUGUUUCUUCGGUUGUUAAGGAACCAUUACGCGAAUGGGGCAGGUGCAUCUUCGAACCCGCCCAGGCUGGCCCAAGUGUAUCUUCUUAUCGCCAAUGUAGGUCUCACUUCCAUCAUAAUGGCAACUCUAAUACUAUGACAGUUCCUGAACAAUAUUA